AUGGCCAUGAGGCACAGGGCGCGGUCCUCCCCCACCUCCCCGCUGACCCCGUCCUCCAGCACCAGAUCAAAGAAGAUACUUGGUUUCUCUGUAUCUCUCAUCCUCAUCAAUCUGGCUUCAAUUAUGGAGCGUGCUGAUGAGAAUCUCCUUCCAGCAGUUUACAAGGAAGUCAGUGCAGCCUUCAAUGCUGGUCCUACUGAUCUGGGAUACCUCACCUUUGCAAUGAACUUUCUGAAGUCAAUAGCAUCUCCCUUGGCAGGAGCUGUCGGUGCUAGCCAGCAUUUUAGGCAGGUUGCAUUCUGGAGAGCUGUAAAUGGCCUUGGGCUUGCCAUUGUAAUACCAGCGCUUCAGUCGUUCAUUGCUGAUAGCUAUAAAGAUGGUACACGUGGUGCAGGAUUCGGUUUGUUAAGCCUCAUUGGUGCUGUAGGUGGUAUAGGUGGUAGUAUUUUGGCAACAAUCAUGGCUGGAAAGGACUAUUGGGGAUUCCCAGGAUGGCGUGUUGCAUUUAUGAUGGUCGCACUUGUCAGCUUGAUAAUUGGAAUUCUUGUGUACUUAUAUGCAACUGAUCCAAGAAGAAUACCUGGCAAUCGCCUUCUUGACGAAGACGACUAUGAGAGGUUGCAUUUAUCAAGCAAAGAUGUUCUUCCUCCGCCUUCUAUCUGGAGGAUUCUUGGGUGGCAACAAGAUCUGUUAUGA